AUGAAAAGAAAGCACCCGGACAACGGACACGAGACAGACAGUCCAAAAAAAAAGAAAAAGGGACCACCGACCUUAGGUCUGAAGCGGGCCAAAGGCAAUGAGAAGGACACACCAUGGUUCAAAGGAAGAUUAUGCCCAAUCAAAACUCCGAAAGCUUGGUUUAUAAAACCAAUGGCGGAAUUGCCAGAAGGGUAUUGCAAAUCAAAAGAUGUGUUUAUGUAUCCUAAUUAUAUAUCUGAAUAUGUUCUACCUGUGACGGUGGGUGAUAUGUUGGAAUUCGUCUUAGGAGAUCGAGACAAGACAAGACCUAUGGCAAGGAAAGUACGUGUAUCUCAAUAUUCACCGCGAACAUGCAAGGAAUUAACUGAGUAUAUGAGAAAGCUAACUAAGGAUUUGGAUGGUGUUCAAAUGAAGAACGUACUUGUGCAAGUAUUACCAUGUACUGCAUUGUGGAGGUUUCUUGGGUCACCAGUAUUUAAAAAAACAGCAGGUUCGUAAUCUCGAUAUCUAUUCGUCUAUUUCUCUAUCUGCAUGCAUAUCUAGCAUGUUAUAUAUAUUAUAUAAAAACGACGCACUAGAGUCUGGUUUACACUAUCAAAGUUUCUGUGGUCACAGUGGUAAUUUUGCAUUGGUAAAUUCUAAGUUUUGAAGGAUUUGUAAGAAGGGAACUGAUUCACUGUUUAACACUAAGUCAGUUCCCUCAAACAUUUCCUUCAAAAGUUAGAAAUUACCCAUGCUAAAUUCCUACUGUGAAGUGUGAUCACAGAAACUUUGAUAGGGCCAAAAAAAAAAUAUGUGGGUUUCCGGUUUCUUCGUAUAAAAACUUAGGUAGGGUAGGUCGGUUUUAACUUUUUUUUUUAAACUUUUUUUUUAAUUUUCCGAACAAGCGGACGCCAUUUUGUUUAGUCAGUGCUUCCACUUCCAAAGAUAAAUUUUCCUAAUAUUGCCUCAAAUUUCAAUUUUCCACAAACUUUUUCCUCUAAGUGGAAACACUUACAAGCAUGAUCCAAUAAAAAAGUUUAGGGUCGGGAUUUCGACGUCCAAAAGCUAGGUAGGGUCGGGAAACCGGAAACCCACAUAUUUUUUUUUUGGCCUAGUGUAAGCCAGGCUUAAGUAUUGUAACCUAACACCAAACUUUGUGUAAGAGUUUAAGGACAAAUGACAAUGGUCAUCUGAAUUUUGUAUCUAAAUAAAAAUAAUCAUAAUAAACAGGCACUGGAGUCCCAAAAGAAAAUCUGCUUUUUUGAAAGAACUGUUCUUACAUGCAACUGAGGCUGCCUCCUCAACAGGCUCUUCUUCAGUUAUGUACUAUUUAAAAUGCUCAUUAAUAAUUCGUAAACAUUGUGGCAAAUCAUGUCAGUCAUAAUAUAUCAUGUGGAGUGACUUUAUAUCUGAUAAAACUCAUCUUCAUUAGUAUUCUUUAUAUAAUUGUUCAUCCUAAUUAGUAUGAUUAUAUAAUGGUCCAUCCUAAUUAGUAUUCUUUUGUAGUCGUAUUUUAAGCUAUUCAAAACACUCGUUGUCGUGUUUUAUCAUCUGAUAAAACACUCCUACUCGUGUUUUAAAUAGUACAUAUUGUGCGCGCAUUGAUAGCCUGAUAAAGGCGAAGCACCUGCGGAAAAAUACACAGUAAUAAGACAACAGCAUUUUGCAGGACCCCAAACCACUGUUGCAAAUGUAAAACACAGACGCACCAAACCGCCAACAUCCAAUUUGAAUUAAUUUAUCUUUCAUUCUUCAUGGUUUACAGAUGAAGAAUUAACCAGCAUGGUCUAUAUUGAGCUCCUCUUAAAUUUACUGAAGGGUAUUUUACAUAAUGGAACACAUUACAAGACUCUUUUGGAAGAUGCCAUCAAGAACAUCACACAAGGAAGAAUAUUUCAAGCAACAAACGACGCCAGCCUGCCAGCGAUUAUCAGGUCUUGCAAUUAUGGAGACAAUGAACAGUUCUACUCUGAGGAACAGAAAUUAUUUUUAUGCGCAAAACUCGUUCGAACUUUUUGCCAAGAUGCAAUUCGCCAGGUUCCGUCGAUCACUCGUUGUCUUUUGCCCACAGUUGCUGCAAUCAGCGAGAAGAUAUCAAGCCCCUCAAUACAGAGUUUUUUAUAUAAUCUCUUAUCGCUCAGUUCUUCAGGAGAAAGUGGGUUCGUCGCUAAUGCAAGUACCUGGAAGGAACUACCUUUAAUCCCAACUGAUCACGAAUUAGCUGGUAAUUUGGUUGAAAAAGACAAAAAUCUGAUGCGUGUGAGAACUCGCCUUCCCUAUGACGAUCCAGAGCAGUACAUGGAUACCUACUUCCGACUACUUCGCGCGGAAACCUUUUCAGCAAUCCAGCAUGGAAUAAAAGAUCUCAAGGCGUCCACAUUGGAUCUCAGAGAUAUGAAUGUCUAUUACAACGUCCACCUUGCUGGCUUUGAACUUCAAAGCGGUCGGUUUUCCCUUGCCAUUCAUUUCAUACCCACCAAGAAAGUGAAAAGAUGGGAAGCCUCGCCUCAACUCAUGUAUGGUAACUUGGUGUGCGUGUCCAUCAACCGGACGUUUGAUGACGUCAUUUGGGCAACGGUGUCCAAUAGGGAUACAGAAUUAUUGAACCAAGAUCAAAUCAUUAUGCUAGAGUUGUUGGAUGAAAAUGUCAAGAGUAUAAGCGAAAUUAUUAACUUGCUACAAAGAAAAGGAGGUAUUUAUGUUUUUGCAUGAUUGUGGCACAAUGGUUUGCGCAUGCAAAAACAAACUAAAAUAUCAUAGGAAAAAAACAAAAGUCAUGUUUAUUGGAUCGACGCAUAAUCUAAAUAAUAAAAUAGGAAAUAGACCCGUAGAGAUUAACAAAAUCCCAGUCCCACAAACCAAUACAUUUCAAUGUCUAGGUGUAAAUCUAGAUGAAAAAUUAAGUUGGGAGAAACAUAUUGAUUCUGUAUGCCAUAAGAUUAGCGCUGGAAUAGGAGCAAUUAAAAGAAUAAAACCUUAUGUUACACACAAAACCUUACAUGAUGUCUACAAAACAUUAAUUCAGCCUCAUUUUGAUUACUGUUCUCCCCUGUGGGAUAACUGUGGUUUGGGACUUCAAGACAAAUUGCAAAAAUUCCAAAAUCGAGCAGCAAGGGUGAUUACCGGAGCUGACUACGAUGUAAGAUCGUCUGAAGUCCUAAACAAAUUAGGCUGGGAAACCCUGGCUAGGAGACGAGAACAAAACAAGCUAGUAUUGAUAUAUAAAGUCUUGGGGAACCACACUGCGCCAAACCUUAAAGAUCUUUUUUCUCGGAGAAAUGCAUCGCAGAAUAUUUAUGAUUUACGCAAUAGCGAAACUGAUCUCUCGUUAAAAAAACCGAAAACGGAAUUUCUAAAGAAAACAUUUGGAUACAGUGGAGCAAUUCUAUGCAAUAGUCUCCCGCAAGAUGUCAAGGCGGCUGAGUCAAUUACGUCAUUUAAAACAAUGGCGAAAUUGCAUUUAAGCAGAUGAUAAGCUAAUUUCUCCAGGACCAAAUGAUGGGAGGACAAUAUAGAUUGUGGGCGGGAGGGGGGUUAGUUUUGCGUGAGGGUGGGUGGAUACUUGUUUAGGGGGUGGAGGUUUGGGAGGAAGAUGAUAAAAUUUUAAGGAAUAGUAACGUUUUAGGGAAUAGUAACGAAUUUAACAUUUAGCUCUUUGUGUGUAUACGCCCUUCGUGGAAACCAGUUGUAAAUAAUUGUCGAAGUUAGCGUAUUGAAAUAAAGUUUUACAUACAUUACAUACAUACAUGCGUUUUUCACUCCUGUGAUGGGCAAUAGAUUCCUACCAAACAUCAGAAGUGUUAUUUGCUGUGUUGGUGUAAUGUAUCAAGUGAAUAAGAUGCUUGUGUGAUGUUACUCUGAUAAUAUCAUGAUUGCAGGUAUUCCCUUUGUUCUCGCAGGGCAAUUAAUAACUAAUACACCUCAUUAUAUUCAUUUUUUCUAAUCCUACCCGCUUUUACGUCAUUCGGGUCAUUUAGUAAAAUUCCCUCGGGCCUUCGGCCCUCGGGAAUUUUACUAAAUGACCCUCAUCGAGCGGCGCCCAAGGGAAUUAUACUAAACGACCCUCAUCGGGCGGGACGUUUUAAUAGCUAAUUCGCUUCUUUUUAUGCUAUUACUUAUAAGUGUAUAUCCACACCGGGCAGGCUUGAAAAAUAUGCCUGGCCACGGUGGGAAUCGAACCUACGACCUUUGGAAUACUAGCCCAAUCCUCUGCCAACUGAGCUACGCGGCCAGGCCGGUUCGAGUAUGUGAUAUUUCGGAACGGAGUCUAGCUCCUUCGAUAUCAAUGUAAUCUAAUAAUCAUGAUAUUUGCUGUGUUGGUUGUUGCAUGAUAUUUGCUGUGUUGGCAGAGCAUUGGGCUAGUAUCCAAAAGGUCGUAUGUUCGAUUCCCGCCGUGGCCAGGCAAAUUUUUCAAGCCUGCCCGGUGUGGAUAUACACUCAGAGUAACAUCACAAGCAUCAGAAGUGUUAUUUGGGUACUAUUCUGUGGGGGGCACUUGGAAAAUGCAUACCUUCGUUAGGGAAUUACGUUAUUUAGAUAUAUAGAUAGAUAGAUAUUUUAACCCAUUUUUACCCAAAGUUAACCAUUUAACUCAAAGUUAACCAAUUUGUCAUUGGACAAUGCACAUUAGCCCCGCAAAUUUUCGUAUUAAUUACGUUAGUUUUCGAGUUAUCAUGCUGACAAACAAAGACACAUUUUCAAAAUUUUUAAACUGAAGGGGAAAUAAAAGAGCAAAAUAUCAGGUGAAUCUCUAGAGUAAUCCAGUAUAAGCAAGUGUUAUCAUUGACAGUGGCUCUUAUAUAAUUUCGUUUUUCAAAAGGUUCAGGAGUUAUGGUAGAAUCACCGACCUACUACCACUCGCUAAGUCCCGUUCUACGAAGUCUCAAAGAAUUCGACAUGGAAAACUUUCCUCUUCAAGCAGAAGUCAUCUACGCUAAACCUGCGCUGGAACGUCCCGGGUACUAUAAAGACGCCAGGUUUAAAACUUCGAUAAUCUGCUCGUCCCAAAUGACAGGUACAGCAAAAGAAACGCAAGGAGAUAAGCCUGGUGAAGUAAAGGAUUCUAGCAAUAUAUUAGAAGCAAGUGAAAGGGAGAACCCCCUAGAGAUGAACGUGAAUGACUGCGUCUCGUCUGGAAAUAAUAUUGACGAUUUUAGUGAAUUUGACGAUUCUGGUGAUUCUAUUGACGAUUCUAGAGAAUUUGUAGAAAUAUGUGACUCGACAAUUAAUGCUGAAUGUUGUUUGAGACAAACUGUAACCUUGAAAACGGAAAAUGUUAAACCGGUGCUGGAAUUUUGUAACUUGAAAAACAUUGGUAAACGAAUAAAUAAUCAUUUUUAUAUCAAUCCAAGUAACAUUGAAUCUGCACUCCCUGAUAAAUCUGUGGAACAAAUGGACACUGAUGGCAACCUAGAAAAUAACUUGCAUUCCAAAUCUUCGUUGAAGACAGAACAAAGUGUAAAGAUUAACGAACCAGCAAACACGGGCACGUUUUUGGUCCAUCCUCCUAGUGCAAGCACCUCAAGUGAAGAAGAACAAACAGGCUCGGGGGGAAAUAGUAGAAGACGAAUCAAUGUUAAACGCUUUUGGAAAAUAGUUAACUCCUUGGAAGCAAGUCAACGUAAUGCCCUUAUUCAUGCUCUCAAGAAUAAGUUGGCAGUUAUCCAAGGUCAGUAUGUGAUAAUGGCACUCUACUAGAUGUCCUAACAUUUUUCCUAUCAAUUUUGCAAUGAACAACUGUACAGACCUAGUUGGUCUAUAGGAUUCACGUGGUACUGACCAGUCCUGUCCAUGCUUAUUGUAAUUGCUCACUCGAAGGGAUGAGAUCACCGGCCAAAAACGUAUUCUUGUGGAAAAAGCUAUCGUUAUCCAUAGUCAAAGUAGCGAAACAAAAAAGCUAUUACUAUAGUGUUGUCUCAUAAACUUUAAUAUGUUUUCUUCCCUAAAGGUCCACCAGGUUGUGGGAAGACAUUCAUCGGUGUUAAAAUCGUUCAGCUGUUGUUAUCUCUUACUCCGAAGCUCGACAAACCAAUCUUACUGUUGACCUACAAGAACCAUGCCCUGGACGAGUUCCUGAAACACAUGUUGGGAUUUUGUCGGAAAGAUGACAUGGUUCGGAUUGGAGGAAGAUCGAAGGAGCCAUUGUUGGAAGAAUGUAAUCUAAAAAAUAUUGAAAUAUUGUAUGAGAAAGCAACACACGGUGAAAUUCAAAACACGAAAACUGAAAUCGCCCACGUCGAAUCGAAAAUUAAGAAGAUUUCCAAAGAAGUCGAAGCUAGUUCCUAUUUGACACAAAAGAGUUUGGUGGACGAGCUGAGUGAGGAACAGAUACAGUCUUUGAUCGUUGAAGCUAGUUGGGGAAUAAGACCGAUGAUUUAUCCAGUGGGUAGGUGGAACUUCGCGAACAAAAGAUGGAUGAAGCGACUGUUGGACGAUGUUUCACAAGGAUAUGGUUCGGUUAAAGAAUUUCUUUAUAUAGCUCUGCGAGCCGGGAUAUCAAAAAACAACCGUGAUGGUACUGACUGUAUUAACGUUUUCCGUAAAGUGUUUCGGUAUUGGUUCCCUGAUCUAACAGAACUACGAAAAAUGACGAAACUUCAAGCUCAGUUCAUUUUGAAAAUCCAAAGCGAUAAGACAACUGAUGAAGACACAUCGAAAGAAUCUCACGACGGUGAUGGCAAUGAUGAUAGCGGUGAUGAAGAUUACGUAAACCAAUUACUCGAGACAAGAAUGCCUGUAGGAGCAAGACAGGGAGUCAAGUCAGAUGAUCUUAUACUUUUUGAUCCCACAAAUAGAACCGAAGAUGAUAGUCGAGUGAAUAUCUCUGACUAUCCUCCGGACAUGGUAGUAAAUUCUCAAAUUCGUUCCGUGAACAAUCUAUGGAGCCUAAAUGAAACCCAAAGGCUGCAGUUCUUAUACUGUAUUCUAAACGAGAGAACUACAAGUGUCUAUCAGGAGUUGAAUGAUCUUAUCGAGCAGUUGCAGACUUUGAAGAAACGUAGAAAAGAGUUGGAAAUAACUAACAAAGUUGAAAUGUUGUCACAGAAAAAGAUCAUUGGUGUGACCAUCACAGGAGCGUCUAUUAAUCAUGAUCUUAUUCAUCAUAUUGGUCCAAGUGUCGUCAUCGUUGAGGAAGCCGCUGAAAUUCUUGAACCCAGUCUCCUGGCUGCGCUGACCUCAUCCAUUGAGCACCUUAUCCUAAUAGGAGAUCAUAAACAACUCAGACCACAGGUUGAUACCUACGAAUUGUGCACGAACUUUCAGUUUGAUAUCUCGAUGAUGGAAAGAUUGAUCGAAUCUGGAUUCCCUUACAAAUGUCUUGCUAAGCAAAACCGAAUGCGUCCUGAAUUCUCAGCCCUGCUACGUGACAUCUACCCAAAUCUUGAAGAUAACCUGCCUCUGGUGUCGAAGAACGAACAAUUGAAAUGCAUCGAGAAGUCAAUGUUUUUCUGGUGUCAUGAUGAUCCCGAAAUACAAGAUCGUACUUACUCGAAUGUUAAAGAAGCAGAGCGUAUUAUAGCUCUCGUUGCGUAUCUUCUAUGCAAUGGUGUCCGUCCAUCUGAUAUCACAGUGCUAGCAGCCUACCUCGGACAGACUAAACUUCUCCGAAACAUGAUAAAACAAGAGAAAGCCAACGCGCCCGAAUCUUUCGAAGAAAUUGACAAAGAUGGAGUAAAACGGGAAGGUUACAUCCAGGUGCAAACCAUCGACAUGUAUCAAGGAGAUGAAAACGAGUACGUCAUUAUUUCACUGGUGCGCUCCAACGGAGAAAACAGGAUCGGGUUUUUGAAUAAAAUGAACCGUCGCUGUGUGGCCCAGUCGAGAGCGAAAUGUGGUAUGUACUUCGUUGGUAACCAUUACACCUUGUGUGGUGCCAGAGAUUCGUGUUGGGCAGAGUUUAUUAGUUCGAUGAUGAAACAAGAUUGUGUUGGUAAUGAAUUUCCACUUUGGUGCACGAAACACGAAACAUCAACGUAUAAGGCCAUAGAUGACAAAACCAUUUGGGCAGUAAUCGCCGAUCCUACACUCCUCUGCAAACAGCCUUGCGGUGAUCCCUACCCAAACUGUGGCAGCCAUCCUUGCAAGGAACCAUGUUUCCCAAGGCACUUGCACACUGAUUGUCCAGAACUUGUUGAUGAUCAAUUCCCAGAUUGUGGUCAUGAUGUAAAACGAAGAUGUCCUGAGAAAAUUUCUAAUCUGAAGUGCAGAACUGUGGAAAUCGUGGAUCUUCCAUGCGGCCACGAAGGCGCGAAAAAGUGUUUUGAAAAGGUAUCUGAUGUUCAAUGCAAAAUACCAGUCACUGCAACCUUCUCACGGUGCGGACACAAGACGGAGAAACCAUGCCAUGUCAAGAUUGAAACGAUGAAGUGUCAACACCGGUGUAAAGAAAUGAAUUCGUGUGGAAUUCACCAGUGUAAAGGUAUUUGUGAAACUCUUCACGGCCACGACACCUGCUCAGAAAUGAUCGAUUACAAAUUCCCAGAGUGUGAUCAUCCCUCAUCAAAGAAGAAAAAAUGUUCCGAAGAAAUAACCUGGAACUGUAGAUACAAAGUGACCUUCACAGGAGUUUGUGAUCAUGAAAUCCAGAAAGAGUGUCACCAAAGUGAAAAGGAAGUGAAAUGUGGUUUCAAACCUUGCAUAAGGUUGCGGAAAUGUGGACAUCCUUGUCCAAAUACAUGCGGUGAAGACUGCGAGUUAGGCGAUUGCGAGCACUGUUUACGUGUAUACAGAAAAAAGAUGCAAGAAUUCCAUGAAACGGCCAAAAAAAGGAUCAAAGAGCUUGAAGAAAAAAUUAAGAAUAAAGCCAUUCCAACAUUCUCUUGGAAGAAAAUCCGUAGCUCAGGAGCGACUGCAGCUGAAUACCAGAAAGUCGAAGAUCAAGUUCUGAAGUUCAUUCAACCAUGUCACCACUGGUUCCCUAAAAUCACCAAAAUUGAAAAAGUUACCAAUCUUGUUUUAGAAAAGAAAUUCGAAGCAGCAAAGUCCAGAGCAUUCGGAGAUUACAUCGACACAAAGUUUCAUGGCACUUCUAAUAAUGCCUUAAGGAAUAUCAUCAAAAAGGGAUUCAAAAUGCCAAAUCAGAAUCCUCCACCUUCCAAACGUGGUAUGUAUGGCCAAGGAAUCUACUUUGCUACGGAUUCCUCCAAGAUUUACACGCAAGGCUCUCGGAAGCUUCUUCUGUGUCAAGUUAUUCUUGGAAGAUCGAAGGAAGUCCAUGAGGCUGACUACAGUUUGAAUAAGAAAAAGCUCCGAUCCAAAGAAUUCGACUCUGUGUAUGCUCCCCGAGGAUCAGCUGUGAAGAGUGAUGAAUUUGUGAUCUUUGAUCCAGACCAAGCACUGCCUCAGUAUAUCAUUCAUUUCUCUGAUACUGUUAUACCACCAUCUCCAUCAACUCUUAAUAUUCAGCACACAUUUACAGUAAAGAACAUGGUACCGUUACGAACCGUAGACAUCCAAGAUCCAUUCCAAAUGUACUACAGUUGGGCCGACUCCCACUUCAGAAGAAUGGCCAUCGCGAGCAAACCACCUCUUUCCCCGCAAAGAGCUACUAUUUCAUCCAUUGAUAUCGUCAUCAACAAGGAUCUUGAAGACAAGUUUGACGCGACGAAGAAGAAGUUUAAGAGCCAAGGCAUUCCUGACAAGGAAAUUCUUGCUUAUCAUGGAACUGAUACGAAAAAUAUAGAUAGUAUCCUGAAGAGUAACCUACAGUUAAGCUUCGCCAAGCGGCAAGCCUAUGGUAAAGGAAAUUAUUUUUCUGAAUUCCCUGCAGUCAGUUUGGGUUAUGGUGAUGGUCUACUCUUGUGUCGCAUCCUUCCUGGAAAAGAGUACGUCGACUCUACCCACUGCGACAUACCACAAGACUAUAAUUCCAAGAAAGUGUUACGAAGCCAACCUACAGGUGAUUCAGCAGCAGCUGCAAACGCGAGUGGUGAUAUGAUUAUUAUUGAAAACUCUGAUCAGAUAUUGCCUUUCUUUGUUAUCCAUCGUUGAAAUGACAGUAAAUAUAGAACAUUAGAAAUAUAUUUUUACAAGUGUAGUGACAGUGACUUUAAAUGAUUGCUACACAUUUCAAGUCACCGAAGAGGUGGUGUAAUUGGUGGGAUUAUCGUUAAUUGACUACAUUUUAAUUGUUAUUUGGUAUUAACUCUAUAUUUUCUUAGAACAAAAAGCUUUUUGAAUAGGUACAUAUAGUGCUUAUACGCCAUAUAAAUAAUAGAUACUGUAUCUAUUAGCUCUUUGGUUCGUGCCUUAUAACAUAACGACACCAAAUAGUAGUGUGAAUUAUUAUUUUUCAUUCCAUAAUUGUCAUGAUUUGAGGAUUUUCUAGUUACAAUUGAAUACAAUUUGUAUCAUUAGAGUAAUAGUAAUUUCAUUUAGUAAAGAAAUAUGUUUAUUUCAUUUUUGGUUAUGUUUUUUAUGUCUAUGCAUAUAUAGCCAAACUUUCCAAAGGCCAAAUAUACCAUAGCUCCCAAUUAUUAUUACCCAGCUUAUUAGCAUACUGCCAGUUACUUCUUAUACCUAGUAGUUGUCAAAUAUUUACAAAUUCACCCAGAGCGCACAGAGUAAAAUAAUCAGAUGCAAAAUCUACAAAACAACAGCAAGGAACUAAAAUAGCUUAUCAUGCUGACGAUCCAGACGCGCGCGUAUUUAUUAAUUAGCGAGCUUAAAGGCACAGUUCAGCCUUUUGAACGAUGGUUUUUAAAGCGCAUUUCAGCCCUGUUAAUUGGAAAAACUAACUAGGAAAAUCAAUUAAGCAUAAUUCAAGAUCACCAAACUUAAUGUUUUUAACAUUUUAAAACAUUUUUAUUGUUAAAAACAUCGAGUUUACUGAUUUUGAAUUAUGCUUAAUUGAUUUUCUAGUUAGUUUUUUCAAUUAAAAGGGCUGAAAUGCGCCUUAAAAACCAUCGUUCAAAAGGCUGAACUGUGCCUUUAAAAGUGCACCAAAUCUAUGACGUGGACAUCAAGAAAAACUGUAACUAUUCCCACAGUUUCACUACAUGGAUAAAAAUUAUAGCCUCCAGUUAGUAAACAAAGUCAGAGACACAAGAGAAGCAAAAUAAAACUGGAAUUUCAAACGUUACCAACGGUUUUUAUGUCACGUCCGCGUCGUAGACUUGGUGCAUCUUAAGCUCGCUAUUAUGUGUUAAAGUAUUUGUUGUUACAUAAGCACCACAUGCAGUCAGCAGCAUCAAUGGAUCAUGCAGAGGUUGUUCAUUUAUGUUUUUAAAUGUGUGGUUCUUAUAGCGCUGCAAGUCAUCUCUACAGGGACGUCGCUAUAGGGGGGGGGGGGGGGAGUGUAACACUCCCAAUAAUUCAAACGUUGGUCAAAAUGGAACUGAUAUUUGCUUAAAAUUGAAGGUAAAACUCGGAAAGAUUUGGUCAAAGUUCGGGAUAAAAGAUGGUCGAAGUUGCUCAAGGUUAUGAAAUGGUUCGCAAUUUUAAAGUUUUUGUUAUGUUUGCGAUGAAAAAAUUGGAAGCCUUGCUUAUCUUGGUCGAAAAUUUUUGAAUAUGCCUAUUUUAGUCGACAACAUUUUCGGGAAAAAUGUGUACGACUUGGUCAAAAUCCUAGGAAAUGUUGGUCAAAACAUGACGACACCCACCCCACCCCCCUCCACCCCCAAUGUUGAUGGCUUCGCGACGUCCCUGGUCAUCUAUAGAAAGAGCAAGUCCAAAUGUUUUCCUAGCUUGAUCGCAGUUUGUUUCACACGAAACUCAAAGAAAACAGCAAAGGUUAGCGAGCAUAUGUAAAUGAAUAGAAAAACAAAAAUAACAACAAAUUCAAUUCUGUAGAUGUUGUUUUACAUAAGUAAUGCCCUCAUUGUUUUUCAACAAGUGGUAUAUAAUUGUCCAAAAAUACGGAUAUUUUCCAUUUUUUUAAAAAACUGUGUUGAGCCACCUUAAAAAAAUGCGCGACAUUAGGACUGUACCGCGUUCCGCCAUUAUAUUCCAUCAUUCAUUGUGACUAGCUCCCUACGCAUUUGGGCUGAUGUCCUACGAUAAAGUCAAGGUUAAAAAGGUAUGUAAUGUAUUUAUAAGUACAGUCUGUAUUUAUAUGUAAUUGUAUUUAUAAGUACAGUCUGCAUUUAUACGUAUUUAGAAGUACAGUAUACUCCUUUAGCAACAUAUUAUGCGAUACAGCAGAAACGACGUAACUCCCCAGAAGAGCUGGGGGAUUCAAAUUUGGAGACAUGCCGGAUGUGCAUGACCCAAUCUUGAAAGCUGGUUUCAACAAACAAAGUUUCUUGAUAAAGAUAUCAUGACUUUGUAAUCAACUUUCAAAGACACAAUUUUAAAUCAAAUGCCUUACCGGUCUCUGUAUAUACUCACACAAAUAUUUAUAGUGUAAACCAGUCCUUCGCUAUAUUUUGUAGUGUGCUUGUAUUAAUUCUUGACAUAAAAUCCUGGUUGUUUGGUGUAGCGAGCAAAGAAUUUGCAGGCUUGUGAGUGUGUAUGAUGUAACUAGCUGACAAGUAAGAGCGAACUUCGACGUUUCGAGCGAAGGUCCUUGGUCUGGAGGUUAGUUAUGUAGAGAGCGUUCGCGCUGGAAGCGUCAAACUUCGUUGUUAUUUUUCAAUUUCAGGUGGUUACAAUCAACACAAAAGCCCGCAAGUUCGUUAUACAUAUAUAGAAACACACUGCAUGCAGAGGUUUCUAAGGGGAAAUAUAGGAACAGCCUGUCUGUUCCUUUCAAAACAUUCGCGAAGAUAUUUUCUAGUUGCAGUAUAGUUUAAGAUGAAGACAAUGCCAAACUUCUUACUUAUGUGAAAUAGUUGAAGUUUGGAACUAUAAAGAAAAUGCAUCAACGAAGAUUUCUGUGAUACAAAUCACUACUUUCGUCUCUUUUCUUUGGCGCUUUGCUUUUGCCUAGCAUUCCAACUGAUUCCAAGAACUGGUUGUUCCAAGAACGACUCUGAACAUCCAGCUUCCGUCGCAUCAAAAAUGGGCAUAUCAUAUGGCAUGACCAUAAUAAUAUUGGCGCGUACGCUUUCCUCGUAUGGAAGAAAUGUUUUAUGUUACAUUUGUACAAAACUACCUCAUCAGCGAACAUUUAAAGUUUGAGAUGGCAUUUUUCACAUGUUUUAGUUCAUUUCACCUCCAGGAGGUUAAACUUUCGUCCACGUUUGUAUACGAGUAUAUGUCCGUCUUACUGUGUAGGCCUAGUGUGUGUUUAUCUGCAUGAUAAUUUAAAAACUACAAACGUAAAAAUACGAAAAUUUGUUGGACUAAUGGAGAUUGCCCAAGGACAAAUUGAUCAAAUUUUGGUUCCAUUUGGGUGAAAUUUAGAUGAAAAUUUAGCAAAAGUUUGUCUUGUUUUGCCGGGCAGAGACAAAGUAACUUGAAUGCGUAAUUAGCUCAUUGUAUGCUUUAUUCAUGAUCAAUAUUCACAACAAUAUUAAUAAAGUUGUUCAUUCAUUGCUGAGUGCUCGCAAUAUACUCGUGAAAAUAUGUUAAUUUCAGCCUGAAUCUUAAUAUAAUCUUUUGUGAAAUUAACUUUGAAAUGAUAGCGAUAUUAAUUUUAUUUUAUUACAACGACGUUUCGAUGCUUCCUGCAUCAUUAUCUUGCAUCAUCACUUUAACUUGAAAAUGAUGCAUCGAAACGUCGUUGUAAUAAAAUAAAAUUAAUAUCGCUAUCAUUUGUUUCAAAGUUAAUCUUAAUAUAAUUUAUAAACGUGAUUCUUAUAAAAUAAAAAGUGUACUCACAGGACAGACAUGUUUUCAGGUGAUGAGAAAGUGAGAGUAUAUGGACAAGAAGAGAAGGCGAGCACCAACCCUAGGUUUGAAGCAGAUCAAAGAUCUGAAACAGACCAAAGAGACAACACCAUGGUUCAAGGGAAGAUUAUGCCCGAUCAGAAAGCAGACUGCUUGGUUUAUAAGACCAAUGGUAGAACUGCCAGACGGAUAUGACAAAUCUAAAGAUGUGUUUAUGUAUCCUAAUUACAUAUCUGAAUAUGUUCUACCUGUGACGGCGGGUGAUAUGUUGGAAUUCGUCUUAGGAGAUCGAGACAAGACGAGACCUAUGGCAAGGAAAGUACGUGUGUCUCAGUAUUCACCGCGAACCCGCAAGGAGCUGAUUGAGUAUAUCAGAACGUUAACUGAGGAUUUGGAUUGUGUUAAUGUUAAGAAAAUUCUUGUGCAAGUAAUGCCCUGUACAGCAAUGUGGAGGUUCCUUGGGUCACCUGUGUUUAAAAACACAGCAGGUUUGUAUUAAUUUGUUAAAAUAAAUAUUCAUUUAUCUGUUUGUGCAUGUACUACUUAUCUGUUGUAUUAUCUAUUAUAUUACUUAAUUAUCUACUUAAUUAUUGGUCUAUAGCCAGGUAUUAACUCAAUAAACAGAAAGUAUAUUAUGGCCUAACAUCAAACUACAUAUUAUCAAUAGAUAUCCCUGUAGACGGUGAUCCUGCUUGUGAAUCUAUUUGUGAACUUCUAAUUUAUACGGCAAAUAAAAUAAAAUAGCACAAAGACAAACGAAAUUAACAUUAUUUAUACUAGAUUUCAUUCUUUACGUUUCGAAUAUUAUUUCUUCUCAAGAUAACUUAAAUUAAUAGUGAAACGUAAAGAAUGAAAAAAAAAUGUUUAUAAUUUUCGGAGUGUCUAUUAAUUGUUUUUGUUUGUGGAAACACCACGUAAAUUUAUUACUGCAAAGCUUUCGAUCCGUAAGCCCGGAUCUUCAUCAGUGCUAAUAAUAUGUGACUUGUUUAAUUCACACGCUCCUUUUAUAUACAAGCUUUGCAGUAAUAAAUUUACGUGGUGUUUCCACAAACAAAAACAAUUAUAUUUUAUCGCCAUGCAAACAUUCAAAGGAGUGUCUAUUGUUUUGUGCUUUAUACUAGAUAGCUCUGUCAGUUCUAAACUGUUCUCCCUAGAGAAUAGUAGAUUUGACUUCCACUAUCGUUUCCACCACUAUUAAAAUGAACUUAAAGUUUAUGUAAAUCAGCAUGAUUUUAUAUCAGACAUACAAACUCCUUCACCGUCAUGAUUUCUUUUGUGUUUUCUUCAUGAAUUAUUGAUGAGUUUCACAAUGUACUAUUAAUACCCCCAAUUUCAAUGCCCAUAUUGAUUGUAUUGUCUCUUGCAGAUGAAGAAUUUACCAGUAUGGCCUACGUUGAGCUCCUCUUAAGUUUACUCCAGCUAAUCUUACAUCAUGGGAGAUCUUUUAAGAAUCUUUUGGAAGAUAUCAUUAAGACCGUCACACGAGGAACAAUAUUUCAGGCUGCAAACGACCACAGCCUGCCCGCGGUUAUCAAGUCUUGUAACUAUGGAAACAAUGACGAGUUUUAUUCCGAGGAACAGGAAGCAUUCUUAUCCGCAGAGCUCGUUCGAAGUUUUUGCCAUGAUGUUGUUCGUCGGGUUCCGUCUGUCACUCGCUGUCUCUUGCCUACAGUGACAGCUAUCAGUAAGAAAAUAGCAGAUGUUUCGACCCAAGAUUUUUUAUGCACUCUCUUAUCGCUCAGUUCUUCAGGAGAAAGUGGGGUCGUCGCCAAUGCAAGUGUCUGGAUGGAACUACCUUUAAUCCCUACUGAUCACGAAUUGGCUGGUAAUUUGGUUGAAAAAGACAAAAGCUUAAUGCGUGUGAGAACUCACCUUCCCUAUGACGAUCCCGAGCAGUACAUGGAUACCUACUUCCGUCUAGUCCGCGCGGAAACCUUUUCAGCAAUGCAGCAUGGGAUAAAAGAUCUGAAAACGUCCACAUUGGAUCUAAGAGAUAUGAAUGUCUAUUACAACAUCCAUCUUGCUGGCUUUGAACUUCAAAGCGGUCGGUUCUCCCUUGCCAUUCAUUUCAUACCCACCAGGAAUGUGAAGAAGUGGGAAGCCUCACCUCAACUCAUGUUCGGUAACUUGGUGUGCCUGUCUAUCAACCGGAAGUUUGAUGACGUCAUUUGGGCAACGGUGUCCAAUAGGGAUACAGAAUUAUUGAACAAACAUCAGAUCAUUAUGUUGGAAUUGUUGGAUGAGAAUGUUAAGAGUAUAAGCGUGAUCAUCAACUCGCUACAGACCCAAGGAGGUAUUUAUGUUUUUGCAUGAUUGUAUGAUUGUAGGGCGUUGGUAGCACAGAUUAGUGCUAUCUAUAGUUAGUGCAUGGCCCUAUAUCUCUAAAACUGGGGUUGAAUUUCCCUCAGUUGCAUGCGAGUGGAGUGUUUCCAUUUUGACUCUACCAAGCAGAUCACAUGUUUUGUUGGGGGUAUAGCAGUUUACUCCAGUGGUAGUAGCACUGCAAAACACCUCUAAAGAAAACAGAAUAGUUCUAGAUCUGGUAGAAUUAUCCAGUAUAAUAAAGACUUAUCAGUGACAAUAGUUUUUACAUAAUUUCGCCUGUUUUAUAGGAUCAGCAAUCAUGGUAGAAUCACCGACCUACUACCAUUCUCUAAGUCCUGUCCUAGGAAGUCUCAAAGAAUUCGACAUGGAAAACUUUCCUCUUCAAGCAGAAGUCAUCUAUGCUAAACCUGCGCAGGUAUUACCUGGGUACUUAAAAGACGCCACGUUCCAAACUUCGAUAGUUUGCUCGUCCAAAAAUAAAUCAAGUACAGCAGAAGAAAGCCAGGGAGAUAAGCCUGAAGUAAAGAAUUCCAGUAACACCUUAGAAACAAAUGAAGGAGAGGUCUUUGAAGAAUCAGUAACGGUGAGCAAGCGGUCAAAUGAAUCGUCUAAUGCAGAUCAGAGGGAUAGUAGGUGGAAUUUGCUUUUGAAAAUGUUUGGAAGAACUACUUCUUCGAAAGCAGAACUAAGUGAAGAUGAUGACAAGGAGUCAUCAAGCAAUGUCCACAAUAUGGCAGUUGAAUCUUCUUGUGUAAAAAUCUCAAAUGAAUCACACGACACAGUCUCGGAGGAAAGGCUCGGAGGACGAAUGAAUGUGGAACGCUUUUUGGAAAGUUUUAACUCCAGUUCGGAAUCCUCUUUGGAAGCCAGUCAAUGUAAAGCCCUCGUUCAUGCUCUAAAGAAUAGAUUGGCUGUUAUUCAAGGUAAGUAUUAUAAUGUCAUUGACGUAUUUCCCAUCGAAAUAGCCAUAAUCCCCAACAUGUAUUACACACGUAUAAACGCACAGGUUGUAACAAACCUGCAGCAGACUUGUAGCAAUGCUGUUCCGCCAACUUGUCAACAGGAUGUGUUCCCAGCUUGUUGACAAGUUGUGAACAGCUUGUUGACAACUUGCUACAAGGUUGUUGAGCUCAACAACUUGUUAUCGUCCUGCAAUUCAAAUUGAUAACAAGUUGUGAUUGACAACCUUGAUAAAAUAACAGCAUUGUUACAACUUGUUGACAAUCUUGCUAGAAGCCUGUUGCGAACACAUCCUGUUGACAAGUUGUGACAUUUUUACAAUACGUUACGUUACAUUACAUCACAGGUGUGUACCUCAUCGUUAGCACAAAAAGAUCACUUGCACCAUGACGAAGAGAGUCUUCGCCCGAAAAUGCGAAGUGCUCUCUCUCUCUAUCUUUUUCAGGUGGUUCUGACACAGAUGACGACAGUUUAUUGUAAAGUGGUGCCUUCAUGUUUGAGAUCACAACUAAGUGAAUUCGACAAUACCGAGCCCCACGACGCAGAAUACUACACAGAAGUCCAUCUCCAUUGUUUUGUUGCGUAAGCGCUAUUCGUCACUCAGCAAAUACCGUAAACAGAAGCAGCCCCCCCCUAGAAAUACUCAAAAUGGCGCACGUCCAGGGGGGUGACUUCUUCUGUUUACGGUACUUGCUGCGUGACGAAUCAUGACGAAUAACGCUUACGCAAAAAACAAUGGAGAUGAACUUCUGUGUAGUAUUCUGUGCCCACGACUAGGAAUGUUUUCUAAAAUCUAGGUCCGCCUGGUUGUGGGAAGACAUUCAUUGGAGUGAAAAUCGUUCAGCUGUUGUUAUCUCUUACUCCGAAGCUCGAGAAACCAAUCUUACUGUUGACCUACAAGAACCACGCCCUGGACGAGUUCCUAAAACACAUGUUGGAAUUUUGUCGGGUAGAUGAGAUGGUUCGGAUUGGAGGAAGAUCGAAGGAGUCAUUGUUGGAUGAAUGUAAUUUGAAAAAUAUUCAAAAUUCAGUUUCGUACGAGAAAGCCACACGGGCCGAGAUUCAAAACACAAGAACUGAAAUCGUCGAUAUCGAAAUGAAAAUUAAGAAGAUUUCCAAAGAAGUCGAAGCUAGUUCCUAUUUGACACAGAAGAGUUUGGUGGACGAACUGAGUGAGGAACAGAUACAGUCUUUGAUCGUUGAAGCUGGUUGGGGAAGUGGACCAAUGAUUCACAGAGUGGGUAGGAAGAUCGCUGACAAAACAUGGAUGAAGCAUAUGUUGGACGAUGUUUCACAAAAUUAUAGUUCGGUUAAAGAAUUUCUUCAGAUGACUCUGCAAAACGGCGUGUCGAAAAACAAUCAUCUUGGUAUAACUUGUAUCAACGUUUUCAAUAAAGUGUUUCAGCAUUGGUUCCCUGAUCGAAGAGAACUACAAAGAAUGAAGGCAUUUCAAGCCGAGUUCAUUUUGCAGAUCCAAAGCGAGACGACAACUGACGAAGACGCAUCGAAAGAGUCCGAAAAUGGUGAUGACGAAAAUGAUAGCGGUGACGAAGAUUAUGUAAAGCAAUUACUCGAGACAAGAAUGGCUGCAGGAGCGAGACAAGGAGCCAGAUCCAAUGAUCUUAUAUUUUUUGAUCCCACUGGAACCAAGAACCGAAAAGAUAUUUUAGUCAAUAUCUCGGACUAUCCUCCCGACAUGGUAGUAAGUUCGCAAAUUCGCUCCGUAAACAAUCUCUGGAGCCUGAACGACGUCCAAAGGCUGCAAUUCCUGUAUUGUAUUCUUAACGAGAAGACAACCAGCCUAUCUCAGGAGUUGAAUGAUCUUAUCGAUCAGCUGCAGAGUCUGAAGAAUCGUAGAGAAGAGUUGGAAAUGACUGACAAAGUUCAAUUUUUGUUGGAGAAGAAAAUCAUUGGUGUGACCAUCACAGGAGCGUCUAUUAAUCAUGAUCUUCUUCAUCAAAUUGGUCCAAGUGUCGUGAUCGUUGAGGAAGCCGCUGAAAUUCUUGAACCCAGUCUCCUGGCUGCGCUGACGCCAUCUAUUGAGCAUCUCAUUUUAAUUGGCGACCACAAACAACUAAGACCACAGGUUGACACCUACGAAUUGUGCAAGAACUUUCAGUUUGAUAUCUCGAUGAUGGAAAGAUUGAUUGAAUCUGGAUUCCCUUUCAAGUCCCUUGCCAAACAGAACCGAAUGCGACCUGAAUUUUCAGCCCUGCUACGAGACAUCUACCCAAAUCUUGAAGAUAACCUGCCUCUGGUGUCGAAAAACGAGCCACUAAAAUGCAUUGAGAAAUCAAUGUUUUUCUGGUGUCAUGAUGAUCCCGAGAAGAAAGAUCGUACUUACACAAAUGUUAAGGAAGCAGACCGUGUCAUAGCUCUUGUAAUAUAUCUCUUAUGCAAUGGUGUCCAUCCAUCUGAAAUCACAGUGCUAGCAGCCUACCUCGGACAGACUAAACUUCUCAGAAAUAUGAUAAAACGAGAGAAAGCCAAUACGCCUAAACUUUUCCAAGAAGUUGAUGAAGAUGGAAAUGAGAGGGAAUGUUUCGUCCAAGUGCAAACAAUCGACAUGUACCAAGGAGAUGAAAACGACUACGUCAUUAUUUCACUGGUGCGCUCCAACGAAGAAAACAGGAUCGGGUUUUUGAAUAAAAUGAACCGUCGCUGUGUGGCCCAGUCGAGAGCGAAGUGUGGUAUGUACUUCAUUGGAAACCAUAACACCUUGUGUGGAGCCAGAGAUUCGUGUUGGUCAGAGUUUAUUAGUUCGAUGAUGAAACAAGAUUGUGUUGAUAAUGAAUUUCCACUUCAAUGUGCAAAACACAAAACAUCGAAGUAUAAAGCUUUGGAAGACAAGAUCAUUCGUGCAGUGAUUGCCAAACCUAUCCUCCUUUGCAAGCAGCUAUGUGGUGAUCCUUACCCCCACUGCGACAAACAUCCUUGCAGGCAACCAUGUUUUCCAAGACAUGUGCACACUGUUUGUCCAGAACGAGUUGAUGACCAAUUCCCAGAUUGUGGUCAUGAUGUGAAACGAAGAUGUCCUGAGAAAAUUUCUAAUCUUAAGUGCAGAACUGUGGAAAUCGUGGGUCUUCCAUGCGGCCACGAAGGCGCGAAGAAGUGUUUUGAAAAUGUAUCUGAUGUUCAAUGCAAAAUACUAGUCACUGCAACCUUCCCACGGUGCGGACACAAGACAGAGAAACCAUGUUAUGUCAAGAUUGAAACGAUGAAGUGUCAACAGCCGUGUAAAGAAAUGAAGACGUGUGGAAUUCAUCAAUGUAAAGAUGUUUGUGGAGAGAGUCACGGUCAUGAUACCUGCUCAGAAAAGAUCGAUUACAAAUUCCCAGAGUGUGAUCAUCCCUCACCAAAAAAGAAAAAAUGUUCCGAAGAAAUAAGAUGGAACUGUAGAUACAAAGUGACCUUCACAGGAGUUUGCGGUCAUGAAAUCCAGAGAGAAUGUAACCAAAGUGAAAAGGAAGUAAAAUGUCCUAUCAAACCAUGCGGGAGACUGCGGAAAUGUCGUCAUCCUUGUACAAAUGCUUGCGGAGAUGACUGCGAGAAAGGCGAAUGCAAGCUUUGUUUGCGUGUACUCCACAAAAAGAUGGAGGAAUUUCGUGAAGCGGCCAGGAAAAGGGUUAAAGAGCUUGAAGAAAAGAUCGAAAAAAAGGAGAUCCCCAAUUUCUCUCGAGAUGAGAUUCGUGGCACAGGACCAACCGCUGCUGAAUACCAGAAAGUGAAAGAUCAAGUUCUGAAGUUCAUUCAACCGUGUCACAAAUGGUUUCCUACAAUCACCAAAAUUGAAAAAGUUACCAAUCUUGAAUUAGAGAAGAAAUUUGAAGCAGCAAAGUCCAAAGCGUUUGGAGAUUACAUCGACACGAAGUUUCACGGUACAUCUAAUGACGGUGUGAAAGGCAUCGUCCGAAAGGGCUUCAGAAUGCCAGAGGCCAAUCCCCGCCCGCCAAAAAAUCGUGGUAUGUAUGGUCAAGGAAUCUACUUCGCCACAGAUUCGUCAAAGAGCGCGCGGAGUAUUUAUACCAAAGGUUCUCAGAAACUUUUGCUGUGUCAAGUCAUUCUCGGAAAUUCAAUGACAGUCGACAAAGCAGAUAACACAUUGAAUAAGAAGAAGCUCCGAUCUAAUCAAUGCGAUUCGGUGUAUGCUCCUCGAGGAACAGAAGUGAUCAAUGAUGAAUUUGUGAUAUUUGAUCCUGACCAAGCACUUCCUCAGUACAUCAUUCACUUCUCUUCUACCAAUAACUUUGUACCACCGUCGCCAACAGCGCUGACAACCCAACCAUUUCUCAAAACGAAUAUGAAAGCAUCGAGAGCAGUGAAUUUUCAAGAUCCGUUUGAAAUGUACUACAAUUUUGCUGAAUCUCAUUUCAGAAGAAUGGCCGCAAAGAGUCACCUACAACAAGUGACCAUUUCUUCAAUAGAUAUCGUUAUCAACAAAGAUCUGGAAGACAAAUUCGAAGCAACAAAGCAGAAGUUCAAAAGCCAAGGCAUUUCUGACAAAGAAAUUCUUGCUUAUCAUGGAACUGCAUCGACCAACAUAGAUAGUAUCCUGAGGAGUAACCUACAGUUAAGCUUCGCCAAGCGGCAAGCCUAUGGUAAAGGAAAUUAUUUUUCUGAAUUUCCUGCAGUCAGUUUGGGUUAUGGUGAUGGUCUGCUCCUGUGUCGCAUUCUUCCUGGAAAAGAGUACGUCGACUCUACUCACUGCGACAUACCCCAAGGCUAUAAUUCCAAGAAAGUGUUACGAAGCCAGCUUACAGGUGGUUCAGCAGCAGCUGCCAACGCGAGUGGUGAAAUUAUUAUUAUUGAAAACUCUGAUCAGAUUUUGCCUUUCUUUGUUAUCCAUCGUUGAAAUGACAGUAAAUAUAGAAGAUUAGAAAUAUAUUUUUACGAAUAAGUGUAGUGACAUUGACUUUAGAUAAUUGCUAUACAUAUUUCAAGUCACCGAAGAGGUGGGAUGAACUAUAUAAUUGAACUAUAUUCUGAUUCAAUUUUGAUCCUUUAAUUGUUAUUUUGUAUUAACUUCGUAUUUUCGUAAAACAAAAAGCUUUUCGAGUAGGUACAUAAAGUGCUUAUACGUUCAUGCCUUAUAACACAACGACAAUUAUAAUUGUAAAUUAUUAUUUUUUCAUUCCAUAAUUGUCAUGAUUUAAGGAUUUGCUAGUUACAAUUGAAUACAAUUUGUAUAAUUAGAGUAAUAGUAAUUUCAUUUAGUAAAGAAAUAUGUUUAUUUCAUUUUUUGUCAUGUUUUCUUAUGUCUAUCUAUGCAUAUAUUUUGCCAAACUUUCCAAAGGCCGAAAAAACCAUAGCUCCCAACUAUUACUCCCAGCUUUUUAACAUUCUGCCCAGUUACUUCUUAUACCUAGCAGGUUUUCCAAUAUUCAAAAAUUCACCACAAGUCACCCAUAGCACAUAUAGUAAUAUAAUCGGAUGAAAAUCUACAAAAUAGCAGCAAGGAACUAAAAUAGCUUAUCUGCAUGCAAACGAUGUAUAGACGCGCGUAUUCAUUAAUUACGUGAUUCACUGAAGGGCUUGAAUCCGGGUUUUCCCAUUAAUUUAGUUUAUUGUACGAUCAUCCAGAUUAAAUUUUUUAAUUAUUUCUGACGUUUCGGCUACCUACACGGCAGCCAUUACCAAAGACGUAUUAUAGUUACAAAAAAAAUUUACAGUUAUAAUAAUUUUAUCUUGCGUCAAAAAUGACGUGCGCGUGUAAAAUUUAAUCUGGAUGAUCAUUAAUUACGUGUUAAACAAUUUGUUGUUACACACGCACCAGAUGCAGUCAGCAGCAUGGAUGGAUCCUGCAGAGGUUGUUCAUUUAUGUUUUUAAAUGUGUGGUUCUUAGCGCUGCAGAAACUACAGCAACCUGCAAGUUAGCCGUAAGGAGAGCAUGUCAAAAUGUUUUGAUGGCUUGAACUCAGUCUGUUUCACACGACACUGACAGAGAACACCAACGGUUAGAGAGCAUAUAACUUAAAUGAAUAGAAAAACAACAACAACAACAACAACAACAACAACAACAACAACAACAACAACAACAACAACAACAACAACAACAACAACAACAACAACAACAACAACAACAACAACAACAACAACAACAAGGAACUAAAAUAGCUUAUCUGACAAACAUUAGGUACAUUCAGUAA